CUGCAAUUACGCAUAAUUAAUGCAGAAUGCCGUUCAAAAAACUCAGAGCAACUGAAUGACGUAUACGUAUUGAAUUUGUCGCUAUGCAGCAAUGUUCAAGUGAUCAAGGAGUGCAAUGGCAAUUUCGUUGAGGAUCCACAAAAGCUGAACUUGGAGCAGUUAAAAAUAAGACUGCGCAAUACUGUACAGCAACGACAAACUUAUCUUAAGUCGAGGAAUGCUGACGUUAGCCUAGAGGCACAGGAGUUAUACAGAACAAUUGCAAAGCAAUUCAAGGUUGGUUAUGAAAUUUUAAAAUUUAUAUGUGGAAGCAAGAAAAACUCACAGUUUUAA